UUAUCGAUAUUUGGAAUAUAUUGCUUCAGACUGCAGUCGAGUUUAUAAAAAGUAAAUGUGCUAUAAUGAGGAAAAAAGAAAUUGUGUUUGAUUCACUAAAAAGGAAAGACUUUUUGACUGGUUUCCAAAAACGAAAAAAUGAACGUCGAGCUCGUGCCAAAGAACAACUUGAGCGUGACAUUAAAGAGGAACGCAAGAGGAUCAGAAAUGAUAUUAAAAACAGCAUGGCGAAUAUGAAGAAAACAUUUCAACCACUUGUCCUGGAUCCCGAAAUAGAGGAAAAGGUACUAGAAAAGGAGUAUGAAGACGAUGAGGUCGAAAUAAAUGUUAUAGAGUUGGCACCAGGAAAUAAAAACUUGGAUGAAGAAAGCGAUAAUGAUUCUAACUCAAGCGAAUCCACUGAGAAAGACUCCCAUAUAAAUUCUAUACCAGGAAUGGAAUUCAAUGUUGAAUCAGUAGAAAAAGAAAAGGAGAAAAAGCCAAAACAAGUAGACAACCCAUUGUCAGAGUUAGGAAAAAUAGGAAACAAAAAAACUUUAGAUAGAUUAAAGAAAAAGAAAGCAUUAAAAGAAUUUAAAAAAAGCAAAAUUUUCAAACAAAAAGAGCGAGCGGAUAAGAAGAAACAACACAAAACUAGACGUGGACUGAAGCAUUCUAAAUCUAAGCCAAAUGAAAAUGGUACAUUUGGAAAUAAAAAUAAACAUAAUCGGUUCAGGCGAGGCCAUUCUUCAGGACGAGGAAAACGGAGAUAGUAUAAUACCACAUACUUAUAAUCUUUAAUUAAAUCGGGCCUUUGUUAUUCAAGUCAAAAAUAAAUCGGAGGUUUCAGCGAAACUUACAUAUGCUACCUUCAGCAUUAAAAAAUCAAAUGCAACUUUAUAUAUGUAUAUAAUAAUAUUUAUGUUUUAUUUUAAUUGAAACCUUAAAAAAUGAUUAAAAUUUCAUCUAUUGUACAAUAUA